CCCGGGGGUAGGCCGUGCAGUGGCGGGCGAGGGGCGCCGUUAGCUACCCGGAUUGCCCCGCGGUGGUAGCCCGCUUCGGUGUGCCAUGCGGUAGCGGGUUACGGCGGGCCCGGGCUCUCGGCGGCCAUGGAGCAGCUCCUGGGCGGCCGGCGGCCCCGGCUGGUUUCCAUGCUGGGGCUGGGGCAGCGGUCCUGGGAGGUCACCUUAGACGAGGAGCGGGGGCGGCUGAUCUGGCGCAACCCCCGCCCACCGCGCCGAGGCGGCGAGAACUGUUUUAUACCGAUCUCUGAGGUCAUUGCUGUAGAAGAAACUGAACUUAACAAGAAACAGCGCAAUAUUGGCAAAUGGCAAAAAAUGGCAAAGCCACAUGCUUUCACAGUGUAUUAUGUGAAGAAAGCUCGAAAUCACCGCUGGCGGUGCAGUGAUGUGACUUUCUGGUGUGCUGAUGAGCACUUGUGUAAUCAGUGGAUACAGGUGCUGAAAGAAUUACUUGAAAUGCAGAAGUCUAGACCAAAGCAGUUGCUGGUGUAUAUUAAUCCAUAUGGAGGAAAACGACAAGGAAAGAGAAUUUAUGAGCAGAAAGUUGCUCCACUCUUCAGUCUGGCUUCUAUCUCCACUGAUGUUGUUAUAACUGAACAUGCUAACCAUGCUAAGGACAAUUUAUUUGAAGUCAAUAUUAAUAAAUAUGAUGGUGUUGUUUGUGUUGGUGGGGACGGCAUGUUCAGUGAAGUGAUGCAUGGUCUCAUUGGAAGAAUGCAGAAGGACUCUGGCAUAGACCAAAAUAAUCCCAAAGCACCAUUAGUCCAAUGCAAUAUAAGGAUUGGCAUAAUUCCUGCUGGAUCAACAGACUGCAUAUGUUAUUCAACUAUUGGCAUUUCUGAUCCAGUAACAUCAGCUCUUCAUAUAAUUGUAGGUGACUGUCAGCCUCUGGAUGUCUCUUCUGUGCAUCACAACAACAUGUUUUUGAAGUACUCUGUAUCAUUGCUGGGUUAUGGUUUUUAUGGAGAUCUAUUAAAAGAUAGUGAGAAGAAGCGGUGGAUGGGUCCGAUAAGAUAUGAUUACUCAGGCUUCAAGACUUUUCUUUCUCAUCAUUACUAUGAAGGAACAAUUUCUUUUCAACCAGCAAAACACACAGUGGGGUCUCCAAGAGAUAAAGAUAGCUGCAGAACAGGGUGCUACAUUUGCAAGAAAAGUGAGCAACAGCUGGCAGAACAGCGCAAGGAAUGUGGAUUAAAACAUGAAGAGGAUGAAGAAGAAUGGAAAGUUAUUAAAGGGAAAUUUCUAGCCAUCAAUGCAGUAAAUAUGAGCUGUGCCUGUCCAAGAAGUCCAAAAGGUCUUUCACCAGCAGCUCAUUUGGCAGAUGGUUCAACUGACCUGAUUCUAGUUCGUAAAUGCUCAAGACUAGAUUUUUUACGGUAUCUUGUCAGACAUACAAACCAAGAUGAUCAGUUUGACUUCUCGUUUGUAGAUGUUUUUCGGGUGAAGAGUUUUCAAUUUACGUCAAAGCUUUCAGAAGACAACGAAAGCAGUGUCACAGACAUAGGAAAGAAACGAUUUGGCCAAUUCUGCAGAGACCAUCCAGCCUGCUGCUGUCAUAUUGUUAAUAGCACUUGGAACUGUGAUGGAGAAACUCUGGACAGUUCAGCACUUGAAGUGAGGGUUCACUGCCAGUUAAUGAAACUAUUUGCAAGAGGAAUUGAGGAAGACGGUAAAGAUGAAGCUGCCUGCUACCAGAGUAGCAUCGAACAAUUACUAUAGCUAUUGUUGCUCCAAUGGGGAGAAGAAAACAAAAGCUCAAGGAAAUUGAGUAUUAUAUGCAUUUUAGUCAAAUUGACAAGUAUUUUUAAACUGUAGUUCUGAAUUUUUUUUUAUGGGUUCAGUAUAUUUUUAGACAUCUUACUGCUUUGUGCUUUUUAAUCAUGAAAAUAUUACCUUGGAGCAAUGUAAUCUAAGUUAUGUUAGAAAAGAGAAGGCUGACAUAGAUACAUGUAUACAUGAUAACUGUGCUUUUCUAGAAAGCUAAUUUAGCAACGAUGUUCCAAUAAUACCUAAAUGUUAUGAAACAUUGGAUUUUUCCAUUGCCAUCAAAACAACAUAUUUUCAGUGUCUGAGAAGAUGUUUUCUGCUGCAAGUGCUAUGUAGUUGCAUGUGGCUUAAAAUACUGGACAACAGUGUUGUCAUUCACAUCUGUUUUUAGAAAACUCUUUCAUUUUAUAAUUCUGACUAUACCUGGCAACGUAUCAAUGCAAUUCAAACACACAUUCUUGGCUUUAAGUAAUAACAAUAAGAGUUUAGAAACACUCUGACAAGUAAAAGCACACCUAUAUUACAGGUCAGCCCUUAUCCUACGUAGUCUACUUAAAGGCUUCCAUGCAUGAUGCCGUUUGGGAUUAUAAAUGAUUUUGUGACUGCUUAGAUGAUACCAAAUACCACACACUGUAACUGAAAUGUUUUGUAAGCAACUCUCAGUGAUACUUAUAUCAGGAAGGCACAGACAAAGGAAAUUAAGAAUACCUUCUGAAACACCAGCAAAUUUUAAUUGUUCUUUAAGUAGCUAUAAUUAAGAUAGGAAAAGCUUCUCUCUUCAGUAUGCAGUUCUUUGGAAAUUUGACUAUGUAUGUUAAAAUGUCUUUGCAAAUGAAGAUGUUGGAAUACGAAGUUUAAAAAUAGAGUUUAAUCAUUGAAAGUUUUUAAAAUACUGUUUAAAUGUGAAACAAAUUAGUUUUGUGACAUCAAGGGAAGAAACUAGCAUCAGAUAAAUCAUGAAUUCACUGUGCUGAUUUGUGUUUAAAACAUUAGACUGUCCUAUGUAGCUAAAGAGUGAUUAUUUAAGUUGUGUAUGGAUUUGUGUAUUGUGGCACAUGUGGUCUGUGUAGGCUUGGGGCUACGUUUUGCUGCUCUUAUAUAGACCUAUUCCUGUUUGAGGAUCAGAAAUUAGCCCCUGAUCUCCUCUAUUUUUUAAAUAUGUGUAUUUCUCUUUAAAAUGUAUUGCAUCUGAGAGGGUUUUUUGGUCUAAAUAGCUAAAAAUCCUCUCUUUGUGUGUAUUUAUUGGUACUUCUGUCAUUCAACUUGUAUUAGUUUCAUGUCUCAUUUGGUCUGUCAGCCAUGGUGACUGGUCAUUUUAUUACUGCAAAUUCUUGUAAGUGGCAGAUUGAGAUUUUUUUUUUUCUCCUUGAAGUUAUUUACAUUCCAUGUUUAUGUAUCAAAAUGGUAUGCUGUGUCUUUGAUACAGCAUAUUCAUACCGGUCUGUAAGAGAUAAAGAACUUGCAAAUAGUACUUAAAAUAUAGUCAUACAAAAUUUAGGAUCUGGGUUUUGUUUUAUAGUAUUUCAGGGAAAUACUUGAAUGCUUUUCCAAAAGUCCUGCUGUUUACUUUCCUUAAUGCAGUGAGGUAAAAUGUCAAUCUGUGUUGAUUUGUUUAUCAAAUAUUUGUAACACAAGUGUGAUGUAUACUGUAUUUUUAAAGCCAUAUUUAGUACUUUCCAGCUAAGAAGCCCAUUGACAAUGAGGUAAUACAGUUCUACAAAUGCAGAUUUUUUUGGAAGUGUUGAUUGUUCAAAUGUUCUACAGUUGCUGUGGUCUAUCCAUGAAUUUUGUGAGGGAACCCAGACUUCACAUUACUUAAUUCUUAUGCAGGAUAUGAUGGCACACACUCGCCAACAGAUGAGGGCAUUACUUACAUGAGGCAUUACAGCCAUCCAGAUCAUGUUCUCAUAAAUGUGAACAGGAGUAAAUACUAUCACUUUCCAUCACUUUCUUAGUUAGUCAUGAGACUCUUACUUGGAAAAUGGAGGCUUAACCUGAUUGUGAAUGUGUCAAAUAUUUUUGAUAUCUGAAAACAGAAUGGUUGUUUCGAAAGCAAGCCACAUGUGAAGGCCCCCAAAAAUCAUUCUGUAAUAUGGUAAUGAACUGUAAAGUAAUAAACAUGUUGCAACAUAAUAUUAAGGGGUCUUAGGUAAUAGAAAAGCUGCCUCGUUGCAUUUGAAUAAUUCUAUUUGAAGCAUAUUCUACAAAGCAUCAUAUGUGACUUGUGUGAUGUGUCCAGUUGACUUUUAAGAAGAGAGCAGUAUAAGUAAUGUCUGCUUGCUUUGUAAUUCUAGGGAGUUUUCUCUGAAUAUCAUCUCAAUAUGGAAAUUAUAUGUGGGAAAACCAAGUUCAGUUUCUUUUUUAUCCUCCCCCCCCCCAAGUCUUGCUGGCUUCAAGAUUAGAAAAUAUAUUCUGCUCUAUGAUGCUGGGACUUUUCAUUGAAAAAAUAAAAUUCCAUGGUACAACAA